CGAAAUCUACUGGUACCACGAUCAACCUAAGUACAUCUGCAUGAUGUUCUUCGUGAGCACGAUCUAUAGGAUAAGGUAAUAAUGCUUGUCUGUCAGCACAAUAGUGGCAUCUGCAUGUGUAAGUGGUCAGCGUUUCGUCCUUAGUAUGUCCUGACCGGGAACCCCGUUAAUCAUCACGCUCCCAAGCUUGUGAUGGAUGGUCCGUGCGUUUACCCAUUACAGGAGGAAGCGACAGACUGUAGCGGCGGACCAUUAGACAGCCAGAGCAGAAGCGACGAACAUUGAUCUGCAGUAGUCAUUCACAUGAGUAGCCUAUAGCAAAUGCUUGAAAGAACGACUCGCAGGGUCGACCUGUGCUGGAUUCGCCAAAUGGAGCACGACAAAGGGUGUGUCUCGGCGUAACGAUUUAUGACUUAGAUCCUCAAAGUAGGAUGGUGUAGAUUCGAUUUCGCCUCGCCUAUCUCAAGCUCUUUGAUGAGCUUAAUUAUGGCAGGUAUCUCGAAGCAAACCUAAAAGGGAUGACAACAGCCUAUUCCAACCUACCAUGGCGGAAGCACCCCAGGCCGAUGGGGAACAAGGGGAACGUCCUAAAGAACGACCUGCUCCCGCCACAGAAAGCGAGGUUAAUCCCGAAACCACGACAUUAAACGGGACACCUCUCAAGAGUAUACUCAAAGUUAAAAGUGAACCAGUUUUACAUAAUGGGAGUAAUGACAAUGGACGUCUUUCGGAAACUGGCACAUCAGUAGAAAUAACAGCGUCAACUACAUUGGAGACGGUGACAGAGACGUCACUAAAAGAGAAACCAAAAGCUAUUGCCAAGAAGAAAGUACGCGGCGUCAAGGCGAACUCUACACUCAGCUAUGACAACCCAGCAUUUGAAUCCGACGGUUUGGGGGGUGCGUCGGAGAGCCACCUAGCGGACAUCGUGGAGAAGGUGGUGGGUCUCCCCAACCAGGACGCGGCAGACUGGCACCCCUACGGCCGCACCAGCAUGUACGAGGAACUACACUCCGACAAACAGAAGAAUGGGCUAUUUGAGUCGGAGAAGAUCAUGCUGUGGUUCGUGUUCACCGUUAUGCUGGUGGGGAUGGCAGGAGGGAUAAUCUUUCUUUCAGAAACGUACAAUAUGUCUCUGGCCGCAUCAGAAGGAACAACACAGAGUUUGCUUGUAAACCGGACCAUGUGAAAGUGACAUUACACUUCGGACAUGACAUGAACGAGAAGUUCAGAAACACAGCGAACUACCAUAGCGCCCGCAAUCAGCGCCAAUGGCAGACGCUAACAUGUGUCUUUCAUUUGUAUCAUAUAUAUGCACAAUCUAAGGAAUACAUGGACCAAGUUUUAAGUUCAGAGUUUAAGCUGAAACAAAUGCCCAAAUCAUAAUUGUUACGUUUGUGAAUAUGUAUCAGGAGUACUGCAACGUUAGUAAAUCUGACGAUGUUUACGAAUUUAAUGUUUAUACAUUUCAUGAUGAAAUAUCCAAGUCAUACAUUUGUAAGUCUACCGUGCCUUAGGUGAUUUAUCUUGUUAUAAUAUUUAUUUAAUGGCCUUUAUGCCUUUUUCAAGUAUCCCAAACCAAAAAUACAUUCCGCCCUCCUUUUAAAUGUUUUGUGUAUACAGAAGUGCAUGAACUAAACCAGCACAAGUGAAGUGAGUACAGUAAUCACGUUGUUAAGCAAUGGAACUAACUCAAGCCGCUCUUGACACGUCUUGUGAUGGUGAACUUCAACAGUGCCAGAUUGUUGUAUUUCCGGCCAGUAUAUACGAUGGGUGGCUGAAAGGUUCUCAGCCUGUCAUGGCCUGUCAUGGCCUGUCAUGGACUACGUUCAUGGAGUUGGUUGCUAAUUAUUUUUCAACAUAAUCCCUUCUGACAUCCACACACUACUGCAGACAAUCCUGGAGUGCCUGGAUCUCACUGGUGUAGAAGGCUUCCUCCCGGAGGUGUGAAAAGUCCUGUACAGAAGAAAUGACAUCAUCAUCACUUGCAUAGUGCUUGACAGUUCCUGCUUCAAGUUUGGGAAGAGGUGGAGUUCUGACGGUGCCAAAUCUGUUGAAUACGGAAUAUGUUCAAUGAAUUCAAAGCCACAGUAAUGCAUUGCAGCCAUGGCGACAACAUACUUGUGCAUAGGUGCACUGACAACACCUUUAGUGAGGUUUUCACGACGUUUAGCCUUGAUAAUCUCACAAAAUUGCCCAAACAGAUUAUCAGACUUUGCCAUUAAUGGUCUGACCUUAUCGGGAGGCAGUCCUUUGCAUUACGAUUUUUUUUUAAAUCUAAGACACCCGAAACAAUCAACUUGCCAGCUAAUGGAAUAGACUUUGCCUUCUUCUUAAAAAAAAUCAGCUGGUCGGCUGACAUAAUGUCUUACAAGAGCUGAUGAACUUGGAGCGAGUCAGAAGCAUUGAAACCUAGCGUGCUACAACUUUUGCCAUUCCCAGUUCGUUAUUCUGAAUGUCCUCAACUCCUCUAUGCCUGCUAUACUGGCCAUUUGACAAGUGGUGCGUCGCCGAUCAUUCUUAAUCAUGUCAUGUGUUUGAACAACAUUUUCCGUAAUGGAAGCAGUUGAAGUUCUUCCCGAUCUUGGAUCAUCUUCGAGGUUCUCUCUUCCCUUCUUGAACUCAGCUUCCCAUGUCUUCACAGUGGUAAAGUAAAGGAAGGAGCAUGGCCCCUAAAUUUGCACAAUGGCAACAUAAAUGUCAACAUUAGAGUUCGCCUUUUAAGUUGGAUCCACCUUUGUCCAUUUCCAUCAACAGUGAAAACCUAGUCAUUUGAUGACUGCAGAUACGAGUGUACUUAAUACAUGCAAACCGUUAAGGGUGUACUUUACACCCUUCGUAGUUAGGCGCAGAGUUGUUCAUCCAGCCCAUGUACAUUUGCAAAGUGUACUGCGUCUCUGGUGCGAUAGUUCCAGAUCUUUAGAGGUAGUAUUACUCCACGUCACGUUCAGGGCUAGGAAUAUCUGCCAUCUUUAAUCUUCUGUUGUUCUCUGGUCCUUCCGCGAGCAGAAGUAAACCUAGCACCGUGGUCAUGCAGUCUCGCGUUGAGUGAGUGAGGGAGGGAGUGUGUUUUGACCCUUAUUUCAGUUAUUGCAAGGCGUUAUUGCAAGGCGGAAACAGGUUUUAAAAAUUAGAAAUGGUCGAGGCAAAAUUUGAGUUUGAGAUGCUGUGGUUGAAAUGUGGAUGGCAUGAGACUGUGAACACGGUGGAAGGUUGUAAGUUCAAAACAUCAACGCCAGGAGAAGAACCAGUCUCGAUUAUCUGCCGUAACAGACUCCAAUGGCCGUAACAUGCAAAAGAACCAUACAACUUAUAUGACUGGAAUACUGAAAAUCAGUGAUGACACAAGGCAUCAAUUGGUGUACGCAUUAAGGUAUCUGUGGUAUUGUCCAAUACAUGACGUCAGGAUAUCGCCUUGUGAAGAGGAACACCAUGGCGACAAAACUGUGAUUGCUUCUACUGUUUCUGUGAUUUAAAUUCAUUUAAUUUGAAGACGUCUUUCUCUUUAUACAUUGCUAGGCAGCUCUGUUUGAUCACAUUUGUCACAUUAUCUUUAUAUAUGUAAACCUAAUAUAUGACACGUUAACCUCGGACGGGCAUAUAUGUUUGUUUCUGUAUAUAUGUAAGUUUUUUAGAUAAAAUGUAUUAUACAUUGUAUAUAUGUAUAUGUUUAUCAGAUAUGAAAUAUACACUAUAUAGGUUAUAUGGAUAAUAUAUGAGUGAUGUAUAUAUGUAAAAUGUUAUUAAAAAUCAUGUAAGGUAUAAUGUAUGUAUAUAUGUUACCGUCAAUGUGUAAACGUACUGGAGUUGGGAUUACCUAUGCAAUUUACAAAAACGCCUGAAUAUUAUUUUGAUAACAAAUUCCAAACAUUUAUACGUUGAAUUUCAAAACCCAGUGACUGAAAAUGAUAGGAUUAGGAGAAAACGAAAGUCAAUGUAUAUAUCUUUAAUAUUUUACCAUCUAAUCCUAUCAGGGGCGGUCGGGUAGCCUAGUGGUUAAAGCGUUCGCUCGUCACGCCGAAGACCCGUGUUCGAUUCCCGACAUGGGUACAAUGUGGGAAGCCCAUUUCUGGUGUCACCCGCCGUGAUGUUGCUUGAAUAUUGCUAAAAACGGCAUAAAGCCAUACUCACUCACUCUAAUCCUAUCAUAGUAAGUAUAUUAUUAUGUUUUAAGCCCUUUUGAACUUUUUAAUAAUUUUCAGUCGAUCUGUAAAAUAAAUGUACAGAUUUUUCAGUCAAUUUGUAAAAUGACUGAAAUAUUUCGGCAUUUUGUAAAUUUCCUGAGUGAAUCCCAUUUUACACAUGUACAUGCUUAUUUAAAUGCAUGUA